AUGGGCCCCGCCGUGAGACUCUGUGGCAUUAUUAAUAGAUAUAAAGAGAACUGUCAGAAACUAAAAAACGACCUGAAGGGGACGGAGAGUGAGGCUGUGAGACUGCGGCUGAAAGAGACGGUCCGUAGCCUGAACAUCGUGAUCAUGGACCUGUGUGACACGCUGUGGAGGAGAAAGGCCUUCACGCACGGCCGCAGUGACUCGUACUUCAACUUUGAUUCCGCGCUCCUGGACGGGGGAUCAAAUGACGGACUCUCCUUGUAUCUCCAUCAAGCUUUUCUUCCCUUCUCUCUCCUCUUUCUUAAAGAGACACAGCCAAAGGAGCACAUUGGACACCCAAGGGGAAUUCAGGAGGUCCGCGACACAUUUAUGGAAUUUUUACAAAGAGAGAAUAUCACCGAAGUCAAGGAAUUUAUAACAAACACGAUAACCCGAUACAGACUGUCUACUACUAACGUUACCUGACGAUGGAAAGGUCUGC